AUGGCCAUCCCGAGGAGGGCAUCACGCCUGCUUCUGCUCACCGGAGCAGCUCUGCUGGUCUUUCUCAUCGUCCGCCUGCUGCCCUCCCACGGCGGCGGCUACGUAUCGAGUCGCGUCAUCCCCCAGCGGCCCAAGGUCUUUGAGGGCUUCGAUCCCGUCAGCCCCAAGCAGUUCCAUCCUGCCACAUCGAUCAAGCCCCUGCCGACGGGCACGCCGCGAAAGCUGCCCCGCGUGCAGGCUCCCGACAGUGCAUUCAAGCAGACGGCCGAGACCGAGAAGCGUCGCCAAGCUGUGCGCAAGACGUUUGAGCGCAGCUUCGGCGCCUACAAGAAAUAUGCAUGGAUGCAGGAUGAGGUAACGCCCGUGACAGGCCACGGCAAGGACACCUUUGGCGGCUGGGCCGCAACAUUGGUAGACUCGCUCGAUACGCUAUGGAUCAUGGGCUUCAAGAAAGAGUUCGAGCAGGCUGCGGAAGCCGCCUCCCACCUCGACUGGGGCCAUACCGAUUCCACCGCCAUCAACAUUUUCGAGACGACAAUCCGCCAUCUCGGCGGCCUGCUGAGCGCAUACGACUUGAGCGGCGACAAGAAGCUUCUCGACAAGUCCAUUGAGCUCGGUAACAUGCUGUACGCCGGCUUCGACACCCCCAAUCGCCUCCCAGGCUUCUGGCUCAAUUUCCGCGAGGCUGCCAAGGGCGAGCUCCUCGCUGGCACCGCCGACCCGUCCGCGUCACCCGCCUCCCUGUGCAUGGAGUUUACCCGGCUGUCCCAGCUCACCGGCGACCCGAAAUACUACGAUGCGACCGACCGAGUCACGCGCUUCCUCGAGCGCGUGCAAAACGACACGCUACUGCCGGGCAUGUGGCCGACGGUGCUCGACUUCCAGCACGAAGAGGCGCGCGACAGCCAGUUCACCCUCGGCGCCCUGGCCGACUCGCUCUACGAGUACCUCCCCAAGAUGCACGCCCUGCUCGGCGGCGUCGACGACACGUACGAGCGGCUCUUCCGCGUCGCCAUGAACGCCGCCGAGCCAAACCUCAUCUUCCGCCCCAUGCUGCCCAACGGCGAGGACAUCCUCUUCGCCGGCGACUACCAGGCGACGGGCGCCUCCAAGCUGAUCCCGCGCAGCCAGCACCUGACGUGCUUUGUCGGCGGCAUGUUUGGCCUCGGCGGUCGACUGUUUGGCAACGAGACCCAAGUCACCAUUGGCGAGAAGCUCGCCCGCGGCUGCGGCUUCGCAUACAGUGCCUUCCCGACGGGAGUCAUGCCCGAAAUCUUUACCAUGAUGGCCUGCGAGCGCCGCGACAUCUGCGCGUGGGACGAGAAGGCGUGGGAGAAGCACGGCAGCGAGAAGCUGCCCAAGGGCUUCGUCAACGCCUGGGACCCGCGCUACCUUCUCCGGCCCGAGGCCAUUGAGAGCAUCUUCGUCCUGUACCGCAUCACGGGCAACACGGACCUGCAGGACCUCGCCUGGCAGAUGUUUGAGGCGAUUAUGAAGUCGACGACGACGCAGUACGCAAACUCGGCCAUCGCAGACGUGCGCGCCGAACAAGAGACGAACAAGCUGGACUCGAUGGAGAGCUUCUGGACAGCGGAGACGCUGAAAUACUUUUACCUCAUAUUUUCUCCGCCGGAUGUCAUCAGCCUCGACGAAUAUGUGUUAAACACCGAGGCGCACCCACUGAAACGCCCGUCUUGA